UGCAUUACACUCAAAAGGGAAUCGAAGGUGGGAACGAAGAAGUUAUUGUUUAUACCUGAAAAAUAAUCUAAGAAAGCGGUGGAAAUCACCAACAAGUCUGUGAUUUUCACCGUAGUUUAAGAUUUUUGGUAGAGCGAGAGGCGGAAAUACUAUAUAAAGCCAUUUUUGCUGAAAUAGUUUCCAGUUGAUAAUGUUUGAUUCAGCCAAUGUCCACAGACUGGUUCACAUUGACCUGAAAGGAGCACCACCAAAAAUAUCUUAUUUUGAGAAGUUGAUUCCUCUUUUAGUAAGUCAUGGAGCUACUGGCUUAUUACUGGAGUAUGAAGACACCUUUCCCUUUCAUGGCAAGGUUUCUCAUUUACGAACAAAAAAUGCAUACACCCCAGCUGAUAUUAUGAAACUGCACAGCUUAGCUAAUGAUUACAACAUUAUCAUCAUCCCACUUAUCCAGACAUUCGGGCACUUUGAGUUUGUCUUGAAACAUGAUGAGCAGCGAAUGCUUAGAGAAGUUGAUCUAUAUCCUAAUGCCUUGUGUCCAACACAUCCUGACAGCUUCUCAUUAGUGGCAACGCUCAUAGAACAGAUGAUGGAACUUCAUCAGAAUGACAGUUAUCUUCACAUUGGUGCUGAUGAGGUGUGGCAUCUUGGAAGGUGUCCGAGAUGCCAAGAUUUUAUUGACUCACAAAAGAUGUCCACCAGUGAUUUAUUCCUGACGUGGCUUUUGAAAGUCACAAGAUGGAUAAAGAAGGAGUACCCUGGACUUAGUUUGAUUAUGUGGGAUGACAUGAUUAGAAGCAUUCCAUUGGAAAAACUCAAAAGUGGUAGACUAGGUGAUGUUGUUGAACCUAUGAUUUGGCAGUAUCAUGCAAGGAAGUUUGACCUCCCAGAAGGAAUGUUUGAACGAUAUGCUGCUGUUUUCAAUGGUCUAUGGAUUGCCAGUGCAUUCAAGGGGGCAACUGGAAGUACACAGUUUUUACCACCAAUUCAGCACCAUAUCAACAAUCAUAUGAUGUGGCUUGCAACAAUAGCAGAACACAAGCAUCAGUUCAAAAAGCUCAAAGGAAUAACUUUUACUGGAUGGCAAAGAUAUGACCAUUAUGCUGUGCUGUGUGAACUUCUGCCUGUGUCCAUUCCAUCUUUAUGCCUAUGUAUGAGGGUGAUAAUGGAAGAAUCAUUUACUGAAGCUGACCAUCAGUAUGUUUCCCAAAAGCUAGGCUUUUCAAGUUUGAUUAAUGUAUCACCUUUUCCUAGACCACAGAUGAUUGAACAGGGUAUGAAUUUCCCAGGGCACAAAAUAUACAUUGGUGUGCAAAUGUGGUCCAAUUUCGUAUGCAAGUAUCAUGCAAUCAGCAACUCCGAAGGGAUGUUGGGCUGGUUCAGUGAUUACAUGAGAGCAAGGAACUUUACAAAUCCAGUCCAGGUUGAAAGUAUCAUGAAUCCCAUUAAUGACCUCCAGCAAAAUCUUCUGGAACUGAGAAAUCAUAUGACAUCAUGGAUGUUAGAGGUAUAUUUUGAAGACACUGUCGAAGAAUGGCUUGGCUGCUUCAUUGACCCACUACUUGAUAAGCUAAAGAAUAUUCUUGAAGACUGCAAAAGACAGAUACUUAUUGGAGGUAGAGUUAGAGAUUAUAAGAAAAUUGAUUUUUGAGUUUGAUGAAGUCUCCAUGCUCAGCAUGCUGUGAUUAGCUAAGUACAGUACGUAUGUGGAUGAAAUUUUCAAGGGUUUGAUCCAUGAUUAGCCUAAGAAGAAAAAAUUUGGAAAAACUUAGUUGAAGUUUUGUUACACUGAAAGAUAAGACUAUAAAUGGCAUUACUUGAUACAUUUAGGUAUGUGUUUUUGUGUGAGUGUUAGCUUUUCCAUAAAUAUUAUGGUGAAGAAUUUAAGACAACACAUCAUGUAUUGGAAUAGAUGACAGGUUCUAUUUCAGAAGUUAUUAGAAUUCAGGAUAUUUGGCCAAGUUCCAAAGGGCUCUGGAACCCUUUAACUGCUAAGAUACAUGAUUUUUUUAAUUACUAAAUUGCACUAAACUUUACUAUGACUUACUCAUCUUCAAGCCUGUUAGAUCAAAUAUAUUUGGUACCCUUGAAAUUAAACUAUUUAUGGGAAAUGCAAUGACAUCUGUAUUCUACAGAUCCAUGAGAGCUAUAAGUUACUGGACAUUUAUGCUUUAGCUUUUGAAUGCAUGUGUACAUGUGUAUGUUGUAAAAUUUUAAUAUAUUAAAUUACUAGUUUUGUUCAUAUAUGGAACAAACCGUUGGUCUUUUUGUCGGGGGAAAAUCACUCUACUGCUGUGGAACUAGUUGAAAAUAGAACAAGGUUUGGCAGCAUGAGUGUAUCAGCCAUUGGGGAGAGAGAGUAGGCAGAGCCUGACCUCUUCUCCCUUUUGCAUACACUGUAACUUUCUUAUCUCAACCACCUUCAAGCAAGAUGUACACAGCCCUUCCUAGCUUAGAAGCCAGUUUUCUAUGCUCUUCCUGUUCUUUCUUCACCUUGGCCUUCUUGUUUUUUCAUUGUUUUUAAUUGUGCAUUACUAUGAUAUAUUGCAAUUAUCAAUGUGUAAUCCCAUUCAAGAUGCAAAUCCAUGAUUCAUCUAAGAAGGCUUUGCCUUAGAGGAAAUGUCCAGGGGUAGGUAACAACUCAUGCUUUCGUUAUCUAGCAUCUCUUGAUACUGAUUCUCAUACAAUUAGUAGCAGAUACAGAUCUAAUGAUUGCAAUGUAAGUAACCCAUGUUCAGAGUGUCUUGAUUGGUUUGUGGAGCAAUCAAAGUGUUUUGGUAAGAAGAAGAAAUAGGGUUGAGGAAGGGUCCGGGAGAUCUUGUGAUUGAUUUUGCUGCCUAUGUUUUUUUGGGAGGAGGCUUCCCCCUGUGAGGAGGGAGGCAACUUCCCCUUGUUCUGUUGUUUCAGUUCAGGGAUGGAUGCGGAGAAACUAACAGAUUACUGGUUUUCACCAGGGAGCCCCACCUUAUGGGUCUACUGUCCCACAUCUUGUCUUCUUGUCUCUCAGUGUCUGCUGCCAUGUCAUUCUGUACAGCAAUGGUGUCUGUGACUUCUGCUUUUGUGUCUACCUGCUGCGACCUCCUUGGCCUAAACCAUUCCUUCAUCAGCUGUGCCCCUACCUUUGGUAUUUGCUCCUAGGCCAUGUACGUCUUAUCCUCCUGACUCCCUUGUUCAAGCCCUGUUGGAGAGAGUUGAAGGUGCACUUCUAAAGAAGUUCAGCGCCUCCAUUACGAAGUAAUCUAAGGUGAGAUGCUGUAGAUCUUCAUCUUCCUUGUCGUUGUCUUUUCAUUCAUCUUCUUCAUCGUCUGUUUGUUCUAUCCCAUAGAAGCGUUAGAGGAAAAAGGACUUUGUGGAGCCUCCUUGCAAGAAGAUCUGCAGGCCUUUUUUGGAUUCCUGCUCCAUUUCCUCUUCAUCUGAAGGCAAGUCCAACCAUCUGUCUCCUACUGUUGAUUCCCAGUUGGGCAAUCAUGACGUAAUCAUAACCUCCAUGUUUGUUCCUGAUUCAUCUCCAGCUGCCCCUCCGGGGUUGCUCACCAAUACAGACGGUCAUGUGACUGUCAAGGUUCACAACCAUAUGUCUUCUUCCUUGGCUACUGAUAAGUGUCACCCAGUUCCUGGUUCUUGUGUGGCCACACACUGCAAGAGAAGUUUCCUCAAAGAGCCGUAGAUAUAUGGAUCAGGGUCCUCCUCAAGAAGUUGCAGUCAUUUUGCCUUCUUCCACUCAUCCUGCUCAAGAAAUGAGGGUAACCCCACCUCUUAAGAAAGGUGACAAGGUGGAUAUAAAGUAGUCACAUCACACCUGAGGGAAUAUUCUUGUGGUCAGGACCAUUCUUCUCUUAGAGCAAGUAGUUCAUGGUCUCAUUUGAGCAGCUCUGACCAUUCUCCACAUAACGAGAGUCCUUUAUGGUCAUGGAACCAGCCAUGGCCAUCCUCUAUUUUAACACAUAGUCCAUACUCUCAUUCUUGUGGCCAGGACCACCACCAAGAUAGAGACCCUGCUCGUGCAUUAGAACCAUAUGUACCCAAAGUGUUGGACCCUGAUGUUCUAAUGCUCCAGUAGUGAUUAAUAAGGUAUGGAUGCCACUGAGUCCAUCAACAGGGCAGAUCGAGAAUCUUGUGGCCUGUAAGCAAAAGGUCCUUUCCCUCUUGAUGAGACAGCCAAUAACUUUUAACAAAGUAUGCAGAAGUGGUGAAACUCAUUCAUGGUUACAAAUUAACAGAAGAGACUGUGGCUACCAGUUCAGAUUAUCCUUCAAGGGCCUACAGCUUAUUGUGGGAUCUGAACCUUAUUACAUCAAGAAAUAAAUUUCUAAUCUCCAGAAAUAAAUUC